AUGCUUACCUUCCCCUUGUUGAAGGAGGAUCAACAAAGAAGGAGAUAUAUUCUAUCUCAAGCUUUUGCAGGGAUUUCGUUACGAGGCACCGGAUCGAAAACUUCGCGAACAGUACCAUAUUGUCCACAUGGACCAAUACCGGAUGUAUCCGAUUAUGUCGUACCUUCUACAGAUUGGCGACCGUUAAACAAAUGUCCAUGGUGGUUAGACGAAAAAUAUAAGUUAGGCAAACUCACAAAAAAUCCACGACCUUGUAGAAUUAUCAAUGUUCUUACCAAAACGAGUUGUGUUAUAAUGGUUUGCGAAGAGGAUACGAUUAAACGUAUUCAAGAACGUGCUUCGUUAUUUAUUCCACAUGGACAAAAUUACUCAUGGACAUUUGAAGGGAAAAAUAUCAAUCUCGAUGGUACAUUAACGGAAAAUAAUAUUCCGGAUGAACGCGAACGUUUCGUAGCUUGUGGACUUCCCGAGGAUUAUUAUGUUCCAAGUAUUAUGUGUUAUUACAUCGACGAGGAAGAUUUGUACGAAUCCGAUUAAUCCGAAAUUAACGGGCUACGUAAUAAUAAUUAAUUAUUGUCGAAAUAUUAACGAAAUUAUUAUCGGAUAAUGCAAUUAUUCUUUUUUUUUUCGUGAAUUUUAACAAGAAAUUUUCUACCUUAUCGAAUGUCGUACAUAAUACUUCUCCUUCGUGAAAGAUGGCAGCACCAUUCUCAGAUGCAAUUGUAAUUGCAAUUACUACACACACACACACACGUGUGUGCGAUGAAAAAUUAUUAGACAAUAAUUAAUAUAAGCAAAUAUUUUAUAAUUCAU